UUAUGUAACCCACAGGACACAUUAAAGUGAGGAGCUGUGUAGAGGUCAGUUCAGUGUCUGUUAACUGCUACUACUAUUCCUUUUGGCACGUCAAGUUUAAUCGAGCUCCACACUGUGAAUAAAUGUAGCAAGUUGGCUUCUUAUUCGAAUUUUCCGUUCCACCUUGAAUGGCUGAGGCGCCGGAAUGUAUCAGCUGCACCAUUUAAGGUGGAACGGAGAAUUCGAAUAAGAAGCUUCAGCUUCAGCCUCGUGUGAAAGUAAGCAGUGCUGUGCUCCGGCCUGUGCACAGCGACUACAAAUGGAGAUUUUUUUCUGCUUCAUAACUCUACAGUACUUCCGGGUGUCUGGCUGGUGUUUGGGUCUUUUCCCACACACUCCUCAGCUCUCUGGUCCUCACCGCUCUCGGAACAGCCGUACGGUGUUUCUUUCACUGUAAAUAUUAACGUUUCCACCACUUCUGUUCUGUCGGCCAUGUCCAGAUGUUGGUCCCGGCCACGCUGCUAAUCCGUCCGAUAAUGUUUAGCUGCUGCUGCUGCUCUGCUAAAGCGGGUUACAUCGACUCAGAUUUACUUUCAUCGCCAUGAAACGCAUCGCUUUACUUCUGCUUUCUUUCCUCCUGACGGAGUGCUCGGAGAGACCUCUGCGGGGAUAUGGAGAAUAUGAUCACCUCAGCUCGAUGCUGGCAGACUUUGAUGUGCUGAACUUGUCCAAUCUGCAGCAGCACUCUGUCCGUAAGCGAGAUGUGCAGACGCACACACAUGCAGAGAGGCUGCUCAGCUUCACUGCCUUACAGAGGCACUUCAGGCUGUACCUGGCGACCAACACCGAACUUUUCACAGACGACUUCAGUGCUGUGGUGGUGGGGCAAGACGGCACACAGGAGGCUUAUGAGGUCCACAGAGAGAACUUCUUCACCGGCCAUGUCAUUGGGGAAGAGAACUCUCGCGUGCAGGCUCACAUUGAUGACAAUGACUUCACUGCCCACAUCCUGACUGAUGAAGCUGAGUACAAUAUAGAGCCUCUGUGGAGGUUCACUGAGGGUUCGCCAGAUGACCGUUUGCUGGUGUACCGCUCAGAGGACAUCAGGAAUGUGAGUCGGCUUUCCGCUCCUAAAGUGUGUGGUUAUGUCAGUGCUGAGGCGACUCAGCUCCUGCCUGACGGCGUGCGUACGGCCACAGCAGAGGAGGAACACGAGGAAGAAGAGGAGCACCUGAGAGGAAAGAGGCAGGCAGUAGACCACAGUAAGAACACCUGCCCGCUGCUGCUGGUGGCUGACUAUCGCUUCUUCAGACACAUGGGCCGCAGAGAGGAGAGCACCACCAUAAACUACCUGAUUGAGCUGAUUGACCGAGUGGAUGACAUUUACAGAAACACGUCUUGGGAUGAGGAAUUUAAGGGAUAUGGUGUUCAGAUCCAGCAGAUUAUUAUUAACAAAAUCCCCACGAAAGUGGAUCCAGGAAAGGCCCACUUCAACAUGAAGGGGAGUCCAGUGAAAAACAAAGAUGUGUGGGAUGUGAAAAAACUGCUGGAGCAAUUCAGCAUUGACAUUGCUGCCAAUGCCUCCAAAGUGUGUCUGGCUCAUCUGUUUACCUAUCAGGACUUUGAUGAGGGCACUCUGGGACUUGCAUAUGUUGCUCCAGCUAAAGAUGGAGCCCCUGGGGGCCUCUGCUCUAAGGAGUGCCCUCAGUCAUCAAGUGACCAUCAGGCCAUUUACUUGAACACAGGCUUAACCAGCACUAAGAAUUAUGGGAAAACUAUUCUGACUAAGGAAGCCGAUUUAGUAACCACUCAUGAGCUCGGACAUAACUUUGGGGCUGUACAUGAUCCAGAUGACGUUCCUUACUGCGCCCCCAGUGAGGACCAGGGGGGCAAAUAUGUCAUGUACCCCAUUGCUGUGAGUGGAGACCACACCAAUAACAAGCUAUUUUCCAACUGCAGUAAGAUCUCCAUAGUGAAAAGGCUGAGGCACAAGGGCCCGUCCUGUUUUAAGGAGAGGAACAGUAAGGUGUGUGGAAAUUCGCGGGUGGAGGAGGGCGAGGAGUGUGAUCCCGGUCUGCUCCACCUCAGCACUGACCCGUGCUGCAUGGCCAACUGCAAGCUGCGACCAGACAAGCAGUGCAGUGACAGGAACAGUGCCUGCUGCAAAAACUGCAUGUAUGAGAAGGAGGGGAAGCAGUGCCAGGAGCAGAUCAACGCUACCUGUAAAGGCGUGUCCCACUGCACAGGUAAAAGCAGUGAAUGCCCUCCUCCAGAGAGCCUUCCUGAUAAGACCACCUGUGUGGACAGUGGCCAGUGUCUGAACGGAGAGUGCAUACCAUUCUGCGAGGCUUUUCUGGGCCUGCAGUCGUGUGCUUGCAAUGAGACAAAUAACUCGUGUAAAGUGUGCUGCCGCAAUGGGACGGGUGCAUGCUCUCCGCACCAGGACAAGGGGGGUAACUUCCUCUACCUGCGCAAAGGCAAACCCUGCACAGUGGGCUUCUGUGAUGGAAGCGGUAAAUGCAUGAAGCAGGUGCAGGAUGUCAUUGAGAGGUUGUGGGAUUUCAUUGACAAGUUGAACAUCAACACUUUCGGAAAGUUCCUGGCUGAUAACAUAGUGGGCUCAGUGGUGGCCUUCUCAUUGCUCUUCUGGAUCCCUCUCAGUAUUCUAGUGCACUGUGUGGAUAAGAAGCUCGACCAGCAGUAUGAAUUAAACACCAGAUCACUCUUUUACCCCAGUAAUGCAGAGAUGCUGAGCAGUCUUGAGUCGGCCUCUGUUCGCAUCUUCAAGCCACCCUCUGCCUCGGCUCUCUCCGCUGCCCCGCGUUUCCAGACCGCCGGGCCACUGCAGACCAGCACCCCUCCUGUCCAACUGCCCGCGACCAGUGUGACCCCUACAGCCCCAAGCCUAUUGCCCAGCAUGGAGCCUUCACGCAUGGCCACCAUCCAGGAGGACCCCAGCUAUGACUCUCACCUGGACGAGCAGGCACUGGCGGAGGAAUUCCCCAACCCAGGCUCUGCCCCCCGCUCCUUUGAGGACCUGACCGACAGCCCAGAAAAAGCCUUGUCUUUUAGGAUGAAGAGACACAGGAGCAGCAAAGAGACAGAGUGCUGAAUUUGUGUGUGUGUUAGAUUAAAAUUUUGGCAAAAAAAAAAUCAAAUUUACACAAUUUUCCCCUUACACUACAUGUAAGUCUUCAGUUUUGAACUAGAGCUAAUAUAGCUCACAAAUAAUGUAGGCAAAUAGAAUUGUGUAAACUGCACACCUAAAUGAUCUCCCAACCCAUGUGGUAUAAAAAUUGGCAAAAGUACAUCACCUAGCUACAACCAGCAGCCAUGUGGAAGCCUGAAGCCUUUCUGUCUACUUAUCUUGGCUGACUGCAUUAGAGAUAAGGGGAAAUUGUGUAAAUUUGAUUAAGAUCGGUGAGUCAACAAUAGAAAGAAUGAGUGCAAGUGACAGCAUGAAUGCUGGUGGAGAAACAGAAUAGGCAGUGCUUGCAUAAGUGAAGUGUGGGCUGGCGGUUAUGUAAGGGCGUUACAAUCUAUAGUAUUCAGAAGGCAGUAUGCUUUAGAUAAUCUGAAAUUCCAUAUAGUAUGAACAUAGAGUUUAAUGCUCAUGUUUAUGUAAUGCUCAGUUUAAUGCUAAGAAUGUAAGGACUACAGGAUUGCUAUAUAACUACAUGUUGACUCUGAAUCUUUUUUCAAGUGGGAUAUUAACUACGCACACUGGGUUGUACCAGAUCUAUGCACAUACGACCAGCUUUAUUGUUAAACGCUAAUAAAGCAAACAGAAGUUUACAAGCCUGUUUAGUUAUAGGAGUCCUAACAGGCAUCCAGUACAGGGAAGCAUGUACUGUGUAAUAUGGCUCUGCUUGAAACAGCCUACUUUAUACUGCUCACGUACUUACUGUACCCCUAGUAGUAAAUAGUAUGCAGUAUGCGACCAACAUGAAUUUAUCUGUUAUGCCAAAGAUACCAGGAUGUUGUACUACUCUGGCCAAAUAUUUCAGCAUGCGGCCAGAGCGAUCUUUGUGAUCUACUGCAUCCCAAAAUGCAACAUAUUCAUUUCAAGAGGACGUAACCACUGAUGGUCAUGUGACCCUGUAGUACAGUACACUGUACAUGAUGUUAAACGUCACAUACUGGAUACUAUACUGUACACUACAAUACAGUAUAUAGUAGGUACUGGUUCACUAUGCAGUACAUAGUAUGUUGUUUCGAACACAGCCUGUUUUUGGUUCAGCUGUACUUUGAUACUUUUGUAUGCAUUAUUACUACUGCAGUAUUGUGCAUCUUUAGGCGUUGGGUCACACUUUAUUUUGAUGGUCCCCUAUAGUUUAUCUAUAAAAGCCCAUAUUGUCAGUAAACGACCUGUGGAUUAUCAACAGCUUUAGGGUUAGGACAAGGAUCAGGUUUAGGGUUAGGAUUAGGUUUAAAGUGCACAUUUGGGUUGAAGAGGUGAUUUAAGCAGAUUUUAAGUUAAAGACAAGGUGAGCAUCAUCUACAGAGGACCAUUAAAAUAGAGUGUUACCAUAGAUUGUUAGUUUCGAUCAACAAAAUAAUGAAUAUAAUGAGUAGUGACUCACUGGAAGUUACUUUACAGCAGAGGUCUUAAAAAAAAAUCUAAACCUUGAAUCCAAUCUCCGGUUCAGGUGGAUCUAGUCCCACUUUGUUAUGUACAUGGAGAAAUAUCGGAUAGUGGUGCGCUACAGUUGAUGUAAAAGUUUGGCCACCUAGUGUAAUACCAACCUGUGAAUACAGGACUGGAAACUGGAUUCAAAGAUUUGAAGAUAGCCUCUGUGUUUUUCUGCACUAACACACCUGAUUUUGCAGUGCAGUUGACUUUAAGGAGAGAACUUGAUAUUAGUGGGAGAUGUGACAGUAUUUUUCCAGUUUCAGUGGUAUAGUUCUGGAAAUACACAGGUAUUUGGGAUCUUUUUCAUAUUCACCAGCAAUUUAAAACCAGCGUUUCUGUCUUUGCUUAUCAUUUGUGUAUUCUCUUUUCUGGUGCUCCUUUAUGCAAGACAAUCUUAACAUUUCUUUAUGUAGGUGUAGAAUGUUGGUUUAAUAACUGAUUGUAGUUCAUAUGUUUAAAAUGUAAAGGCCUGUCCGGACAGAUAUACGGCCUUCUGAUGCUGAAAUAUCAGUAUCAGCAAAUAUUAAGAUUAAACAGUUGGUCAUUUGUAAUAUUCAGGAACAGUUUUUAGCACAGAGAGUAUUGUUAAUGUAUCAGUUCUGUUUUAUAUUUUUAAGCAAUGUACCGAAAAAGAGCAGCAUCCAAAGUGCCUUUCUGUAUGUCCAAAGAGUUUUUCUCUCAUGCUGCCUGUUUUGUUUGAAUAUUUUUGUUCCUCUCGAGUAUUAUGCAGCAUUGUCAAACUCCUGCAGUAGGAUCAACAUAUAUGUUCAGAACACCUGAAUCUUUGGCAUUUACUUGAAUGUAGUGAAGAUGAAUUUGCAUCAUGCUGUGUCCUCCUUUGUAGUUCAAGUGAAACCACUUCCUUGUACCUAACUUGUAAUGUUUCUAAAAUGCUGUUUUUGUUAUGUAGUUUGUUCUGCUGUGUUUUGUUUUUGUGCAUUUUCUUUGUGAGCAUAUCCUGAUGGGUGGCUGGAGUAUUUAGAAUGUAUGCCACAACAUUAUGGACAUUUGAAUGAAUUAAUAUCUCUUCAGCUGUGAUUUUAUUUCUUAUAAUAAAUUUAAAGUUACCCUUAAUAUAGGUUAUGUUUUUGUAUAUAAAACACAAGAAUGGUGUGGGGUAGUGAGGAUUUUUUUUUAAUUAGGUCAACAUACUGAUCCAUAGAAAUCAGAUCUUUUUACCUUGAACUUAUAAAAAUGAGAAAGAAACUUGACAUUAAUACACUAUUAUAUCCAUUCAAA